AAAAAAAAUACAACAAUGUGCUGUGAUUAUAAAUAUCAUAUUCAUAGAAGAUAAUCGUAUAAAUGCAAUAUAAUAAAAAGUUCUAAAAAUUCUAUCGAACUCAAAAUGUGGAACAUAAUAAGAGAAUUAUUGGAACAAUUUCUUUUACCGGGAUUAUUCCUAGGCAUUUUAUAUUGUUUUCUUACUUCCACAUUUGAUUUUUGGAAGAAUCGCGGUGUACCCUUUCGAAAACCCACUGUAUUGUUCGGAAAUUUUGCUCCCAUGUUAUUGUUCCGGAAAUCUUUACCAGAAGGUAUAAAAGAAAUGUACGAAUGGUUCAAAGAUGAAAGAUACUUUGGAGCGUUCCGUGUUAGAUCGCCUGUACUGAUCCUACGGGACCCAGAUCUUGUGAAGAAUAUUUGCGUAAAAAAUUUUACUUCUUUCUCGAAUCGUGGCAUACCAGUGAACUCCCAGGAUCCAUUAUCUGCCCAUCUGUUUAAUUUAGAAGGAAAAAAAUGGAAAAGUUUAAGAUCGAAAUUAACUCCAGCCUUUUCAUCCGGAAAAUUGAAAAGGAUGUUCUAUCUGCUAGCAGAAUGCGGCGAAGAAUUUGAAAAAUUAAUCGAUAUAUCUUCCGAAACUGAUCGGCCAUAUGAGAUUCGCGAAUUAGCCGCAAAAUUUACAAUAGAUGUUAUUGGUACUUGUGCCUUUGGCAUACAAAUAAAUGCACUUACUGAUGAGGAAUCUGAAUUUCAUAGAGCUGCUAAAAAACUUUCGAAACCGAGUUACAAAGCUACCCUUUGGAGGAUGCUCAGAACUGCCAUGCCAAGAUUAUACAAAUUUUUAGGGGUUCAAGUGAUAGAUCCUGGAGUGACCAAGUUUUUUAAAGACGUUGUAUCGCAGAUGAUUAAACAACGUGGGGAAUAUGGUAUUAAAAGGCAUGAUUUUAUGGAUUUAUUAAUUGAAUUAAAAAAUAAAGGUACUUUAGAUGAGUUUGGAAGUGGAUUGGUUUGCAAUGAUGAAGACGCAGAAACAGCAGAUGAAAUAGAAUUGGACGAGAACAGCAUUGCAGCGCAAGCGUUUGUGUUUUUCGCCGCCGGCUAUGAAACAUCGUCGAACACUAUUGCAUUCUGUCUUCAUGAGUUAGCGUUGAAUACUGAAAUUCAGGAAAAAACGAGACGGGACAUACAAGAUGCCAUCGACAGCAGAAAUGGCAAUCUGACUUAUGAUGCUGUACAAGAUAUGAAGUAUCUUGAUAUGGUCAUUGCAGAAACGCUUCGAAAAUAUCCUCCAGCUUCAAUGCUAUCUAGGAGAUGUGAAUAUCAAUAUCAAAUACCGAAUAGUAAGGUCGAAUUACCAGCAGGCAUACGGGUAAUUAUACCAAUUUAUGGACUUCAUCAUGAUCCAGAUUAUUAUCCAAGUCCUGCAAUAUUUAAUCCUGAAAGAUUCACAGAAGAAAAUAAACGAACCAGACAUCCAUAUGCAUAUCUUCCAUUUGGUGAAGGACCACGAAAUUGCAUAGGAAUGCGAUUUGCAUUAUUACAAAUCAAAGUAGGAAUAAUCUCGUUUCUUAGAAACCAUAGAGUGGAAACAUGUCAGAAAACAAUUACGCCGAUAAAAUUUAGUAGACGAAGUCUCGUAACAACUAGCGAGAAAGGAUUUUGGCUUAGAAUUAAAUAAUAUUUUUAAAUUUAAAAAAUUUGAAAAAAAUUAUAUAAAUAUAAUAUUUAUUAUGUACUUAAAAUACCUCAAAAAAUGAUCAAUAUUAAUAAUUUUUCUGUUAGUAUUCUUAAUAUUAGUGAGGCCAGUAAAAAAUGUUAAUUUUGAUAUUUAUAUUUUAUUACUUUUUUUUUUAUUUUUAUACAUUAUUGAAAUAAUUAAUUAUAUUAUAAAUACAUUAUAUUAUUUAUUUAAAAUAAUUAAUAUUACUUUUCACAAUAAUUAAAAAAUUUCAAUGAUAUAUUUUAGGUUAUCAUCAACAAUAAAUGUAUAUAUACUUAUAGUUCUAAAUAUAAUUAAUAUUUUUUUGAAUCGAA